UAUAUCUGAGACAGGCCUUGUAAGCUCCCUGCUUUCCUCCAAUAAACUGGCAGCAAUCUGCAGCAUGGAUCUCACGGAAGGCGAAGGCGAAUACAACAACUACUGGGAGACCAGAACUUUCUUGGAGGCCGAGGUGCUACGCAGCAGCUGGAUAACUGGUGAAGCCAGUUCUCAGUGCUACUUUUCGAGCUCCUCCAUUGUGGCGACGUCUCCGACGCCCCCAAAGUAUCUUGUCACGGAGAAGAAUAGGAGGGAGAAGCUAAAGGAAAAGCUUUAUGCUCUUCGAAGUGUAGUCCCGAACAUUACAAAGAUGGACAAGGCAUCCAUCAUCAAGGAUGCAAUCAACUACAUUCAACAGCUUCAGGAGCAAGAGAAGAUGCUACAAUCGGAGAUAUCAGAGCUCGAGAUGUCCCAUGAGCUUGCAGAUAUUUUUUACGAUAUGGAGCAGGAUGACGUCCUCCAAACAUCGCCCAGCCGGCCCCUUGAUCCGGGGUCACCAUUCAUUCCCUCCAUUGAAGUUUUGGAACUAAAGGUGUUGGCAGUGGGCAAUAAGAAUUUUGUUAUAAGCUUCACUUGCAACAAGAAGAGGGAUGCCCUGAUUAAGAUGUGUGAAGUAUUCGAGUCUCUUAACCUCAAGAUCAUCACAGCCAAUAUCAUCUCGAGCUCUGAGAGCCUCUCACACACGUUAUUUAUUGAGACUGAUGAAUUGGAUGGUUCUCGGGUCAAGGAACAGAUUGAAGCAGCCAUUGCAGAGAUCGAUGCUCCACGAAACCCAUGAGUUUCCACUGAAGUUGAAUCUCUUAAAGUUAUUUGUAACUUGAGAUAUUUAUUCCUCCUCUGUAAUGUCAAUAAGAAAUAUGUACAUGUUUAAUUAAGAGAAAGGAAGGAAGAUCUACCUACACUAUAGUUAUGCAGAUCCAAAUACUUGUAAUACCAUUUAAGACUUGAACUCAACCCAAAAUCUUUAGUUGCUAAACAUAGGGGUGUGACCAUUCAGAUAAGGGCUUUGGAGGGGCGAAGAUGGAAUGUGCUAAUUAAUUGAAUAGUAAAUUAGAUUU